AUGGACGCCUCUGCCGCCAGAAUCGCUGAACACAUGAACAAGGACCACCAAUUGGCCUUGAUCGACUACCUUGUUGUCUACGGCCAUGUAGUCCACCUCGACGAGUCCAGUCCCGCCAUCACCAAUGUGGACCUUGAGAAGGUAUCCAUAGACUACGUUUCCAAGAAUAGGGCCGCUACCUUCACCAUCAAGUGGAAGGAUGCCACCGAGGACGAGGUAAUUGAGGUCAAGGAGUGGUCUGACAUCAAGGCCAAGUUGAUCGCCAUGGCUAAGUAUGCUGCCCACAAGCAGGGCUAUGCUCACACCAGGCUCACCCAGGUAUUCGGUCCCCCCUUCGCCUAUCUCAUUGUUGCCUACCCUACCUUGGUAUUGUUGGCUAUCAAUAGUUACGACCCAACUAUCUUACCUCGUAUCUUUGGAAACGAUGCCCUUUUCUUGAAGUUGGUGAGCUACUUGCCUCAAGCUGUGCCCUCUGCCUACUCUCUUUUCGUCGAAUACUCACGUAAGAUUGGAUUGGUCCUCUACGCCCUCCACACUAUCGAGAUCUUCAAGUACACCCUCCCAGUUUUGAGAAAGUACAGAGCUAGCAAGUCCGUCGCCUGGAAAUGGAUUCUUAUGCACUUUGUUGAAGGUUUCCCAGUUAUCGGAAGAUUGAGAGAAGCCACUCACUAA